AUGGAGUCGAAUAGUAACAAGCAAGACGAGAACAUUACAAGGUCAGACUCAGAAUUAGGGACCAUAGAUACUGUUGUAGGGUUUGAAAAUCCUAUAGAUGAAUCCACACCCACAAAACAGGAGGAACGGGAAGUGAAACCAGAGGUAGUGAAAAGUGAACCCAAUGUAUCUGUGGAUGCAAGUCACAAGGGAGAGGAUAUGGAAUUAACAAGUUUGUUAAAUAGGAUGAUGACGCAAAUUCGAGAAGGGAAUGCUAGUUUGAAAGCAGAAAUGGCUAGUCAUAUAUCACAAUUGGAGGAAAACCUAUCUGGUAAUAUAAAAGCCAAUUUAGAUAUUUUGAAUACGCAAAGCCAGCGUAUCACAGAGGUAAACAAAUCAGUAAAUAGAAUUAGGGCUGAAAUAACAAAUGUUCAGAGAAAAGUCACAGAAAUAGAGAAAAGAUUUGAUACCGAAAUUCAGAGAAUAGAGAAAUCAGUGGAACCUUUGGUUAGUGAAAAAUUAGAACCGAUAACUGAAAGUAAAUUACAGGUGAUAGUACCAGUUGUAAAGAAAGAGACUGUUAAGGAAACGGCAGCUGAUAUUGAAACACUGCGCAAUACCAUGUUGAGUUUUGAUGCACGUGUGCGGGAGCAGGAGAAUACACUGCGUAAUGACAUAAAAUUGUUAAGUCAGCAAGUUCAGAAUCAGACGUUUCUUAACUGUAGUGGUAUCCCAUUGAGUGACGAAUUGAUGAAGGAAGAGUCAGAGAAGGCGUUGUUUGUCGGUACGGAUGGCAACUGUGCAGAGAGGCAGGGGCAAGGGAGGAGUGAUGUGACUUAUGGUAAAAGGUUCGUACGAAUAGUCGACGAAUCGCAUCGAGAAGUAAUUAAAGAGGAAAGGGUGGAUAAGAAAAAGGGGCAUAGUGCAGAGACGCAUGGCGAUUCAGAAAUUACCUCGUAUGCAGAAUAUGUACAUCAGCUCAAAAGCCAGCCAGCACAAUUAGAAAGAUCUUCCACUCAAGUGAUUAGUUUGGACCCGAAUAUGACAGUGUUAGAGAGCCAUACCGAUUAUGAUGUGUACCUAGUGACAGCAAGAGUACAUGACUGUGAUGAAGAUUCUUUUAAAGAAAUUAGAGAAAGUGUAUCUAACCAAGAGAAAGAGUGUUGUGAUCCCUGUAGUACUGAAGCAAAUGAGUUGAGUGAGACUGGAAUUCCAUUAGUAGGGGAAAAUAAUGAAAGUAAGAGUGGCGAAUGCACUAUCCAACAAAGGGAAAGUAGAGAAAUGGAUUAUAAUUUGGGUGAAUUAUUGGAAUCCGAAGAAGGUCAUAUUUCUAAGGAGGAGGAAUUAUCGUCAGAAUCAUCAGAAAGCAUCCAGGGAGAAAAAGAAGUAGAGGAAGUUUCCGAUUCCGCAACCGAGAGUUCAGGCAUGACAGAUUCGAAUGAGAACGAGAUGACAUUAAAGAGCCUAGACGAAGGACUAUUGGAAAAAGCGGUGAAAGAAUUUAGGAUGAAAAGGAGAAAGAAACCUCCAGAUGGAAUGGAACAGGGUAAAUGA